AUGUCGUCCAAAAUCAUGCCUCCUUCAGGUCUUCGCUCUUGGGCCCGCUCGCGACGAAGCUAUAUCGCCCGACCACGAUGGAGGCCUCAUCUCCCAUCCCGGAGACAGUUAUCCUCCAAACCCACGAGCAUUUCCACUGCACAUCAAGUAUGGAAGCGGCCGUCUUCUGCCGUCCUUGCCGCAGCAGCCACCGUUGCUUUACUCUACAGCACUGUGCAACUGAACGCAGCCGAAGCGGAAGCCCCGGCCCCAGACCCUCCGGAGAUGAUCAUCGAGAAGUCAAAGAGGAAGAAAGGUGCUUCUAAGGAAGAAAAUCGAGACAUCAUCAGCUCGCAGCACCUGCAAGUCAAAAAGAGCUGGGAAAAUCCGGGAGUCUACGCGUGGGGAUCGAACACUGGCAAGGUGGCCGCCCCGGAUUCAGACGAGGCUUACAUCAAGACGCCGCAGCGGAUUUCCUUCUUCGACGACCAUCUACUUCGAGAUCUCAAAUUGGACCGAAACUUCGGCGCCGCCGUGCUUGAAAAUGGAGACCUUGUACAAUGGGGAAAAGGGUAUUCAGAGGACGUGGUCCAACCGACAGUCACUCUGAAAGGGAAAGAUCUCCAGUCGAUAGCAAUCUCACGGGAUCGCGUCAUCGGCCUGGCGAAGAAUGGGAUUGUCUACUCCGUCCCAGUCUCCAAAGCAGACCAAGAGGAUGGACCCAAGCCCAGCGAGACGUCUUGGAUUCCAUUUUGGAGCGGGACGUCUCCAAUCAGCUAUAGAAGACUAAAGCCACAAAACUUAGGGAUAGCCGAGAAAGUCACGGCCAUCAGUGGUGGCCUGGAGCAUGUUCUACUGCUCACAAAUUCUGGUCGGGUAUUUUCUGCUGCGUCUAGCACCGAGGCCUAUCCAAGUCAAGGACAACUGGGCGUUCCUGGCUUGACGUGGCUCACCCGGCCUGCUGGAUCUUACGACAUGUGUCACGAACUCACUACACUAAAAGGCUUCAACAUUGAGAAGGUGGCAGCUGGAGAUGCGCAUUCUCUCGUACUUGACAAAGAAGGAAGAGUGUUCGCAUUUGGCGACAACUCGUUCGGCCAACUAGGGUUCGAGUCUAAUCCUGGAUCCCGAUAUAUUGACAUGCCGUCCUUGCUGCCCAUCAACAAGCUCUAUCAAGGCACCAAUCAAGUGCCUAAAGUCACCGGAAUCUCCGCAGGAGGCCAGAACAGCUUCUUCACGAUCGACGCCACUCGUGUUGCAGGCCCGUCCGAGGCCCCAUCCGACAUUCGCACCCUUGGCCGUGUAACAGCGGAUACAUGGGCAUGCGGGCAAGGGCUCAAGGGCUCUCUGGGAAACGGAAAAUGGACUCAUCUGCAAGACCAACUCACGAAAGUUCCAGGUCUUAGCGGACUUUUUGAGUACGACGAGAAGAAGAAGGCUGUCAUUCCUAUCCGCAUAGCUCAAAUCUCAGUCGGCUCCACGCAUGCUUCUGCCGUGAUGGACAAUGUCACCUACCUCAAUGCUAGCGAAAGAAGCUCCGAAAACGACACGAACUGGGGUGCCGAUGUGGUUUGGUGGGGCGGUAACGAAUUCUAUCAGCUUGGAACUGGGAAGAGAAACAAUGUGGCCACUCCGCAGUAUAUCCGACCAUUAGAUAUGGCUUCGGAGAUUGAGGCCGGCAGAAAAGACCAGCAUCGCCUCCACCUAACGCCCAAGCACAAGAUCCAGGUGAAGGGGCGCAAUGUUGCUGUGGAGCAGAGGGUUGAAUGUGGCCGAAAUGUGACCGCAGUCUAUUCUGCCGUGUGA